UAGAGAUAAAGUUUAUAUUUUUUGAUGAAACACUACCUUCAUGCUAACUUGCAUCUAUUGAAAAAUGUCUGGGAAGAAAUGUAAGCAUUGUGGUUCCUCGGACAUCGAGGUGGACCCGGCGCGAGGUGACGCAGUGUGUACAAACUGUGGAUCUGUGCUGGAAGAUAAUAUUAUUGUUGCUGAAAUCGAGUUCCAAGAAAACGCCCAUGGUGGGGCUUCUACCAUCGGACAGUUUGUGUCUGCUGAAACUAAAGGAGGAGCUACAGGUUUUGGCAGAGCCUUCAAUGCUGGUAUUGGGCAAGAAUCCAGAGAAGUGACACUAAGAAAAGCCCGUGAAGGCAUCACAGCUCUCUGCCAACAGUUGCGACUAAACCAGCAAUGCAUAGACAUAGCCUGCAACUUCUACAAGAUGGCUCUGUCUCGACAUCUGACGAUUGGAAGGCCUUCCAGUCACACUCAAGCAGCUUGCGUAUACAUGACAUGCAGGACUGAAGGCACAGCACAUCUGUUGAUUGAUGUAAGCGACGCUGUACCUAUCUGCUGUUAUCAAGUGGGACGAACAUACUUCAAGCUUUCGAGAGCAUUAUGCAUCAACAUACCUCCUACUGAUCCCUGUUUGUAUAUUCUGCGUUUCUCAUCACAAUUGCAAUUUGGUGAGAAAUCUCACGAAGUCAGUAUGACAGCACUGCGAUUGGUUCAACGUAUGAAAAGGGAUUCAAUACACUCGGGACGCAGACCAUCUGGGAUUUGUGGAGCUGCUCUCUUAAUAGCAGCGAGGCUGCACGAAUUUAACCGUACACCGGCCGAUGUUGUGAGAAUCGUCAAAGUUCAUGAGUCGACACUGAGGAAACGACUUCUCGAGUUCGGAGACACGCCCUCCAGUGCCUUAACACUCGAGGAGUUCAUGACCGUGGAUUUGGAAGAGGAGCAGGACCCUCCAGCCUUCAGAGCAGCUAGGAAGAGGGAUAAAGAGAGACUACAGAAGUUAAUGGAAGAAGAAGAUGGUGAGAAAGAAUUAACAGAACUCCAGAAAGAGAUAGAGCACCAGUUAGAAAAAGAUGGCAACAAAAGAAAAAAGGUAGCUGCUGUGAUUGGCACAUCUACAAAUGUAUUGGGCAUUGAUGAAGCAACAUCGGAAGAUGUGGAAGCGUCUAGAUUCGCAGCUGAGGAUGCUCUGGACCUCAUCGGAGAGAUUGCUAAUGACGUUACGACCAAAGAGGAUGCAGUUGGCUCUAAAAGCGAAAAGAUGAAACAUGAGAAAGGACUUGGCCCAGAUUUAGCCGUGAUAGGCCUAGGGUCGAGUCAGGAGGACAAAUCCGACAAGUUCGUCCGACCAGAACCGAAACAAGCGGCUAAAGAUCUUCACAAUGCCGACGAGCUGGUGCUAGACCAGAAAGACGAGGAGUACAUCAAUUCUCUGAUUAUGUCUGAUGAGGAAAUGAAGCAUAAAGCGCUACUUUGGAACAAAAUCAACGCUGGAUACUUGAAAGAUCAGAAAAUUAAAGAAGAAAUGCGGGCAAAGGAGCGAGAAGAGAAUAAGGAUAAAAAGAAGAAACUGCGCGGGUCUUAUAAGAAGAGGACUCCGUGUAAUGCUGCGACCGCGGGAGAAGCUAUCGAGAAGAUGAUAGCUGAAAAGAAGAUUAGCUCUAAGAUUAAUUAUGAUAUUCUUAAGAGCUUGGAUCAUCCUGGUACGCCGGUACCACCUACACCUAAAGGAACUACUGUUGAUAGCAAGCCCACAACGCCAGCUGUGGUCCCAGAGUCUCCCGUACAGCGCAAGCGCAAGAGGAAGAUCCAGCCGAACCUCUCCCCUCGCGCCCCCGCCACACCUGCCCCACCCACACCGCAGCCUGUUGUCGAUAUUGCAGAAGAUUACGACGACGAAAUGGAGGCAGAUCCAGUGGACGUCGGCGGUGAGCUCUCUCUAGCGGCCAUGUUGCAGAACGGACAAGAGGACGAUUACUACGGCUAUGAAGAAUAUUGA